UGAUUCAAAAUUAUUAGAUGAAUUAAAUUAUAUAUAUAAUUACGAUAUAAAAUCAAAUGAUUCAUUACAAAUUUUACGUGUUCAAUUAUUACCACCACAACCUAUUCCUGUUAAUUCAUGGCUUUUUGCAAUGUUUGCUGUAGGUGGUAUAUUAGUAACAUCUUUCUUCAUUUCUAUUUUGAUUCACAUGAGACUUUAUCGUCUAAGGAGGAAUCAUCAAGAAGAAAUUAGACGGCAAAGAACAUUAUUAGAUGAUGGUACAGGAAUGAGAAAAUGGACAUUGGAUAAAGAUGAUAUUAAAUCUUUAAGAAGUUUUAUUUAUCCAAAGAAAACAGAUGCAUCAAAGAAAAGCACAGAAAUAUCAAUAUUAACGGAAAUAGAUGAAAAAAAUAAUUCUACUUUGACUAAUGAAAAUUCUGGUGAUAAAUCAAUUAGUAGUAAUGAGAAUUCUAAGGAAUCUACUAAUAUUCCUCGAUCAUUGAUUCAUAAAUCCUCCAUAAGAUCUAAUAGAUCUACUAGAUCCACUAAAUCUACCAAAUCCACACGUUCUCAAAAAGCAAUAAUUAACGCCACUUCUUUAUCAGAAUCAACUCAAAAUCCUAUAAUUUUGGAUAAUAGAGCAGAAUCGCCAUCCGAAGAUACGGAAUUGGAAGAAACAUGCGCUAUAUGCCUAGAAGAUUUUGACGAAGGCGAUAAUAUACGUGAAUUGCCAUGCCGUCAUUGGUAUCACGUUGAAUGUAUUGAUCCUUGGUUAACAACAAAAAGUAGUUCUUGUCCUUUAUGUAAAAAAGAUUGUAAACCUUCUAUUGGUAGUGAGAGUAACGAAAAUACAUCAAUAUCGGUCAAUAAUGAGAAUGAAUCACAAGGUACUCAAGCGGUAGAUGUAGAUUCUAGUUCGAACUCAACUAAUGCUAACGCUCCGAAUGUAGUUUUGAGAGUAGGUAGAUGGUUUAGAGGAUACUUUUCAUCACGAAAUGGAAGGGGGGAUAGCACAAGAAAUGUAACAACAAAUUCUUUACAGAAUGAAAAUGAAAUAAUGGAAUUAGAGAGUGUUCGAUCUGUGAAUUAA